CAUCAGAGUGGGUCGGUGGGUCGUUGAUGGCAGCAGAGAGUCGCGUCAGUGGAGCUAGCAGCUAUAAUCAGGGUUGAAUUGAAGGAAUACGGUAUAAUAGAGAAGAUGAUGGAAGAGAGUGGGAUUGAGACUACACCUCCUGCCAGUCCUACCCCUCCUCUGACUGUGGCUGCCCCAGUCUACGCCCCCCCGAUGACCAUAGGUUUGUCCAGCUCUCUCUCCCUACCAGGCGCCGGCUCCAUCUCAGUCUCCACCACUCUCCCUCCUAAUCCUUCCUUCCCUCCCUUCAGCAGCCCAAUGACCGCACCCCCCUCACUCUCCUCCCAGUUUCCCCCUCCCUCCACACUCCCCUCACCUUUCCCCGGUCACUCACCCUUCCCUCCCUCUACCUCCCCCUAUUUGCCACCUAUGGCCUCCUCCAUCAGGCCACUUCACCCCUCAGCUCCAGGUGCGUCAGCCCCUCCCGUAGGUCCCCCCAUGUCUAGCUUCUCCAUGAGUGCAGGAUAUGAUAUCACACGCGGUCACGCUGGUCGAACACCACAGACACCGUUGAUGCCAACCUUCUCGGGUCCUACUGCCAUGCCUGGUGUCGUAUCCAAUGCCAUGGUUCAGCAGCCAGCCAUGACAGGGGGACUAAAUACUGGAUCUCCGAUAACUUUUCCAGAGGAGCAGGAAGAUCCCAGAGUUUCUGCAGACAUAAGCACUGGUGGGGGCAUCUGGGGCUUCAUCAAGGGAGUAGCAGGCAACACUGUAGUCAAAUCAGUCCUGGACAAAACCAAACACUCUGUGGAGUCUAUGAUUACCACUCUGGAUCCAGGCAUGGCUCCAUACAUCAAGUCUGGUGGGGACAUUGACAUUGUGGUGACUUCCGAUAAGGAAAUGAAUGUAGAAGCAGUCAGAGAUGCCUUCCAGGAAGUGUUUGGAAUGGCCAUGGUCACUGGAGAGCCCGGUCAGUCCAACAUUGCCCCACAGCCAGUGGGCUAUGCAGCUGGUGUCAAGGGGGCUCAGGAGCGAAUCGACAGCCUACGUCGUGCUGGUGUGAUCCAUGAAAAACAGCCAGUGGUCUCAUUGGAAAGCUUCAUCGCUGAACUCUUUCCUGACAAGUGGUUCGAUGUUGGCUGUUUGAUCCUGGAAGACCCCAGUUACAGCAUCCGCAUCGAGGUCUUCACUCAGGCAACACCUCUGGCUCUAGCUCAUAUCCAACAGGCUCAGUCUCUGACUCCCCCUGACUACAGUCUGCGCUGGUCAGGUUUGAUUGUUCCUGUGGGUGAGGUCCUGGAGCGCAGCUUGCCCAACAUCAACAGAACAGACUGGCAUCAGGCUAUGACGGGUAUGACCCAACGCCAGAUGAUCCAUAGUGCUGCUAAAGCUCUUGCUGGAAUCUACAAACAGCAGCUGCCACCCAGGACUGUGUGAGGCUGAAUGAUUCCAGUAUUUGUCACAAACUGGAAGAUAGAUGAAGUCCGUUGGGACAGCUAGCUGAGGGGACAGCGAGGUUCCUUGUCUCUCCCCAUCAGUCUCCCAUCUGUCCUGGGUAAAACCAAAUGCACAUUUAAAGUCAUUGAUGUUUAUUGACAUUCCAGCCAGUCACCUGAGUUUUGUGAAAAACUCCAUCAUAUAAUUUCUUUCUUGCCAACUCAGAAUCUAUAGAAAACGUCAUUAUUAACUGAUCAUUUCUUCAUCUCCCUGAGAGAUUUUAACACAUGUAUAUUAAUAUCAACAACCUUCACUGAAAAUGUGGCCAUAUGUAGUUUUCUUGUUUUGUUUAGAAAUGCUUAACAUUAUUGUAGAGACUAUUACAUAGAGUGUGUCCCAAUUGUAUUCUAUGUACUAGAGACCUAAAGUUCUUCAAAAGAUUCUUGAACCCUAUUUUCCUGAAAUUGUUUUUAAAAGAAGAGACUCCGAGAAACCCAGAGAGAGAGAGAGCGAGAGAGAUACCACCACCAACGUUUUGACCUGAAACCUUUAGAAAAACAUAAGCCUGCCUGACCCCAUUAGAUUGAAUUAUAUAAUGUGGACCUGACGUUGGAUACUACUACUAUAGAUAGUCUUACUGUUUAUUUUAAUACAGUAAUUUCAACUUAGUACUAAAGACUAAAUAACUCCCCAAGACACUAAUACGCUGUUUUGUGAUAACCAGAAAUGAUACAAGGUAUUAACCUUGUAUCUUAUUCUGACAACACUCAGUAGACCUGACGAGAUUUAAUUUUGUAUUUAAAUUGCUGCUAUCGAAGGUCCAGCUUUUAAAACAAAAUAUAUUACUCGCUGUUAAUCACUGGUGUCUUUGCUAAAAACUAUCACUUGAAUUAACUUGCUAAGAGGGCUGAAGCAACAAGGGAACUGCUAACCCAUAAUUCAUCCCCCUUGCUUUGAAUCAAUGGUUCUCCUAUGCUUACUUCAUAUGCUAACUUUAUGUAAUACUGAGCUCUGCACAUUUGAUUAGUACAAAUUAAGAUCAAUGAUUCUGGGAAUAUGCAACAUGCAAACUUAAUAAAGAAAUGACAAGGAUAUUAACUGUAGAUUGUGACACAGGGCGUUGAGAUCAGAUAAAGCCUUUAUGUCAGUUGAUGUUAUGCCUUAGUGAUGUAUAUUCCAAUAUAUCUUUAAUGACCAUUAAUCAAUUACCAUGGAACAUGGGGUUCAGGAGACCUAAGACAGUUUCACAUAAAACUGAGGAAAGCACUGGAUCACUAUCAAGCUAUUGUGCUAUAAAUGGUUCAUUGUUUUUGAAGCAUUUGAUGUAGUAACACCUGUGGUACUCCUUCUGUAUGAAACGGUUGGUCUAACCAAGGUUGUGAUGAAAAAAGGAAUAAGAAUAGAAGGAAACGGGACAUGUCGCCUUACUUUUAAUGAUCCUUUGACUAAAGGCUUCAUUUCUUGUUGAAUGAUUUACCCCGUUAAUAACAACUCCUCACUCUAAAGUCGAGGAAGUUCAGUCUGUUUGUGUGUCUUCCUAUACAUACUAAACUGAGUCCAUUUUACAAAGUAGUGCACGAAAGCCAUUAAGAGUCUGUAUAUAGUUUGCAACUGGGACACAACUACAAUAGAACAAUUCUGUUUUAGAUAUGUGAAGGGAAAAAAAGCAUAGUAUCGCACACGCAUUCAUAUUGAUUCUUGCUUGUUUACUGCAAAAUAUUUUCCUGCCAUAACUGUUGAUCUGUCUGUAUUCAUUAAGAAAAAACACAUUCUGACCAUGAGUUGUAGUGGCGGGGAUGCAAACUUGCCACCUUUCGGUAGAAACUGCAGUUUCCAAUAUAAGUUUUGGAAAUAGGGGAAUAGUGGCUGUAUUGACUGCACACAUGCCUGAAGUUAAAAAGGUCUUACUGUAGCAUUAUAAUAUUUAAUUAGCUUACAUGACUAAAAGGCUAGCUGAGACUGUUAAUUAGCAAGGUAGAGUUGUUUUGAUGAAGCUAAUGUUAGCCAUCUAACUCUGUAUGUAAUCUUAAUUGUUCUCUAUAUUUCCAUGAAGUAUAAUAUUAAUUCACAUACUUGUUAUCCCAAAAUAGACUGGUACGACUUCCCUCAUAUUAGGGCUAACAAUAAGUAAUAAAGCCAUUUUUCUGUGAAUUGUAACAUUAGCUGAGCUCUUCAGCCAAAGUGCCAACUUAAAGCUGGGGUAUAGGGAAAGUUGUAGUUCCAGCUUUGGCCGCAACUGCCAAAGCAAACUAAAAAGGAAGACUAUUUCUUUUUAAACAGUCUAAAAGAAAGUCUGACGAUGAACGCAAUCAACUGCCAAGAUAAUAAUAGCAAGGCUAAUAUUGUCAUUACCACAAUGUAAUUAAACUAAUCGCUUUUAGAUUUGUUUUUGAAUGUGAGAUAAAAUAAUGAGAACAAUGCAGGCGUUCCACCAAAAUGGACCUAUGAUACCUCACAUACGUAUGAUGACUUGUUAUAGUUACAUUAUUCUCGUCACUUGAGAAGGGUCAAAUGCCAAGCUCACUGAAAACAAUAGAAGCUGAAUUGAAAUUACCGUGUGAAUGAUUUUCUUUUAGUUGUAGUUGUUGAAAUUUAUCAAUUUCAUAUCUAAAUACUGUCUUUUAAUAAACCCUUCUUUUAUUGCCCUUCUUUGCAUCAUCGGCCCUGUUGGUAUUAACAUCUGUUUCUGGUGAUCAGAUCACAAGUGGUCAGCUCUAAGUUCAGGUGGAAAUAGACCCAAGACCUAUUGAGGCUGCAUUUGAAAUCCAAUCACUCAAACACUUUGGGGAGUGGAACACAUGUGGCCCAAUUCUUUUAUCAAAGUUAACACAAAUGUGUCCUGGACCUCAUGGAAGGUCCGCAGACGUCCUCUGACCUGCUACAGAUUGCUUUUGAACCAAAAGAAUGUUACACUUCUAGACGAGCUGGAAACAUAAUUUGGUCUUUUUGAACAGAAAUGAUGUAAGUGUGAUCUGAACACAAGGGUUCAUAUGUUAAUACCAUGUGUGAACAACACCAUCACCACUGUUUUCACUGCUUAUGAGGUUGCAUUCCUUCGAUCACUACCUUGGGAUUUGAUCAAAAGGAAAAUAAUUUAUUUUCUACUGCUUCACGCAGUUGGACACUGGCAGAAAUGGAAGUUACUCACACUGUCGGCAUAAUGUCAUUGUGUUUGUUUGGAAAGAGCAUCCUUCUCUCUACUUUGUGUCCUCUAAAUGUGCCUUUUUACAUACAUAAAAUAAAUGUAUUUUUACUUGUA